GGCCCCAGGACACAGCUCCCCAAGGCGCCCAGGUGAGUGGCGGCGAAGGAGGGGCGGCCGCCUCCCUGCCAAACCGAGCCCGGCCGCAGUCGGCGGCACGGCAGCGCAGCAUGUGUGCGGAGCUGGACGGGGAAGAUGUAUGUAGGUUAUCUUUUGGAUAAGGACACCAACAUGUAUCCCAGCCCUGUCCGGCAUCCCAGCCUCAACCUCAACCCCCAGAAUUACAUGCCGGGGCCGCCCCAGUACUCGGACUUCGCCAGCUACCACCAUGUGCCUGGGAUUAACAACGACCCGCACCACGGGCAGCCAGCAGCCGCCUGGGGCUCUCCCUACACCCCUGCCAAGGAGGACUGGCAUUCCUACGGGACCACUGCUACACCUUCCACUGCCAGCCCAGGGCAGUUUGGAUUCAGCCCCCCAGAUUUUAACCCCAUCCAGCCCCCAGGCUCUGGACUUUUGCCUCCACCCAUCAGCAGCUCGGUCCCCCAGCUCUCCCCUAACGCCCAGAGACGCACCCCGUAUGAGUGGAUGAGGCGCAGCAUUCCCAGCACCAGCAACAGCGGCAAGACCAGGACGAAAGACAAGUACCGGGUGGUGUACACGGACCACCAGCGCCUGGAGCUGGAGAAGGAGUUUCACUACAGCCGCUACAUCACCAUCCGCCGCAAGGCUGAGCUGGCUGCUGCCCUUGGGCUCACCGAACGGCAGGUGAAAAUCUGGUUUCAAAAUCGGAGGGCGAAGGAGAGGAAGGUGAACAAAAAGAAGAUGCAGCAGCAAAGCCAGCCCACCAGCACCACCACACCGACCCCACCAGCUGUUGGCACACUGGGACCCGUCGGAGGCCUCUGCAGCAGCAGUGCCCCGAACCUAGUCUCCUCGUCCCCACUGACCAUCAAGGAAGAAUUCAUGCCAUAAGCCCCUUCACCAGCUACAGACACCAAGAGAUAAGCACUAUGCAGCAGAGC